GUAUGUCUUGAAACAGUAUGCUGAAACACAGGAACUGCGGCUACUAAAAGAGAUUGAAAAGAUAAAGGUGCACGCUGACGAGAAAGACACAUUAUGUAACAACGCUUUGGUGUUUGAGGAGGUCCACAUGAUAAGAAGGCAUGGAGUGAAUAUAACCCUUGAUCCUGCUACCGCACACCCACUGCUCAUCUUGUCCGCAGAUGGGAAACAGGUUGUAUGUGCAGAAUCGCAGCAGAGCGUCUCACCCAGCAAGGACAGGUUCGACACCGAGCUCUGCGUCUUGGCACAAGAGAGCAUCAGCCAUGGCAGAAACUAUUAUGAGGUGCUUCUGCAGGGGAGCCGUGAAUGGAUCAUUGGGCUCAUGCCAGAGCACAUUGACCGGAGUGGCCCACUAGACCGUACCGCAGACCUUUACCUAGCAUUGCAGCUGCAUGAUGGAAGCUGUUACGCUUCGGAGCAUGGCGGCACCCCAGUUCAACUCAGAGAAGACAUCCAGAGAGUUGGGGUGUUUGUGGAUUAUGAAGAGGGCGAUGUUAGCUUUUAUGACGUGGAGGACAGCUGCAUUGUUCUUCUGUACUCUUUCACAGGGUACUACUUCCCUGAUGCUCUCUUCCCGAUUUUCAGUCCAGGACGUGGGGAUGAGGAUCACUCUGUCCCACUGGUCAUCUUGCCGGUCUGGGAGGUUGAGUUUCGACCUUUGCUAACCUACGAGGUUAAGUCUGACAAGAUAAAGGUUGAAAAUUUUCUCACCGCCAAGUUAAGUACAAAUGCCGAUGUGGCAGCCCUACAUGUGUAAUUUAAGCAUGAGGUGUUAUACAAUUGGUUGAAGGAGAGGAUUGUGCACAUCCCAGGAAAAGGUGCAGGAUGAUGACCAACUGUAGUUUUCAGAGUGAGAAGUCUGCACACUUAGAAUCUCUUUUGUUUUAUUUUAUUAUUUCAUGGCAGGAUAACGUUUUGACCUCAACAGUCUUCUUCAGAUUCUCUACCGCGCUGUUAUACAAUUGUACAAAAUGUGAAAGCUGGUGCGGCUCAUCUGAGAAAUAAACCCAAGGCAUCUUCAAAAGAGAGAACCAGCUUCACUUCUGAGGGAAAUAGAAAACUCUCAAUGACGUUAAAGUGGGCCUUUUGAACUGUGAUGAAAUAUGUUGAUGGACUUUCAUAACCACUACUGGUUCAGUUUUAUUCACCUUUUUUUACUCACUUGUCUGACAUACUGUAGACCAACUGCACAACUGCAUAAUAAUACCUAAGCAGGGAUGCUAAGUUUUGAAUUUCUACUUUUAUUUUUUUAUUGUCUUGCCAUGUUAUGAUGAACUCAGACCAGCAAUAGGUAUCAUAUUUUAACUUGUAUGUUAAGUUUGAAGCAGAAAAUUUAAGUUUAUGUACACAUAUUGGA